AUGGGCACGCUCAACUGGACAGGCCAUGACCCAUGCGUAUUCCCUGUUGAUUGCCCCGACUUUGGCGGGUUCGUUUCCAGCACCACAAUUGUCAAGGCUGAUUACUGGCGAAUGGGACAAAUGAAAGCGGGAGCCUCGAUUAAGUACAGAAGGGUUACAUUGGAAGAUGCGCUUUCCUUGCGACGCCGAGUUGAGGACUUCGUGGGCAGAGUAGCUGCAUGUUGUUCGGGGAAGGCCAGGUUUGCGGAGAUUUCACCAUUAGACUACAGCAAUCUUCCAGAGCCAAAAGACUCCGCCCAAUGCCCCAAGGCUAUUAUUAUUCAUCAGAUUCCGGAAAAUGGAAAGACACAGCCUCUUGUGUCUUAUAGGCAGGGCGGCGAUGACUAUGUUCUUAUUGAUUAUGGACAUGCUCUCUCGCUGUAUUAUGAUGGUUUGAAGAUCCCUCAAAGGAAGUUGAUUGAUUAUCUAUGCGAGCUUGAAGUUGAACUUGGAGAUCUAAGCCAGGCAAAGAUGCCUAGUCGAAGCGUCUUCAAACUUCCUCUUACCUUCGAGAGCAAGAGACAAACUGCGGCACUCCAGCGCUACAUGGAAACUCAACGUCCAUACGCGUCAUAUCUCCCCGAUAAUAUGGAUUUCGUCGCCGAGAACAUCUAUCUCACUGCUAGCUUCAUGCGCAUGAACUGCCCAAAGAUGAACCCUAGUUGUGUUUUCACCCCAGAAGGUCAAGUGUCAUGGGGAGGUUCUUGCAUGGCACUUUACAACGUCGAAUCGCCAGGAGGCUACCAACUGACCGGCCUGUCCAUCCCGGGCGUUGACAUCCUCGGCUCCAAAGCAGGCUAUUCACCAGAGAAGCCAUGGUCCUAUGAAGACUUUGAUCAAAUUUCCUCCUACAAAGUGACGGAGGAGGAAUACGAAAGAGGCAUGGCUCAAUUCCGCAGUGGCCGUUAUGAGUAUAAGUGGGAACACGUUGAGUUCGACAUGGCGGAGCAUAACCGCUUGUUGGGGGGUACCAAGGACGAAGUUGCAAAAAUCCGCGCGACAGCAGCAAGCGCAACGCCACUGAAGGCCAACGUGUGGAAGAUUGAAGUCAAGGAUGGAGAUAAGAUUGCUGCAAACCAAGUCGUGACGAUCCUAGAGGCCAUGAAGCUGGAGAUCACUGUGCAGGCCGAUCCCAGCACUGCUGGAGGAGUUGUGGAGGAGAUCUUGGUCAAGCCAAAUGACUCCAUUGAAGCUGGGAAGCCGCUUAUGUUGGUACGAAUGGGAGGGAUGGCAUAA